AUGGACUCUGAACACCAACAUCAGCCAGACAUAGACCCCGAGUUAAAUAGCGGGUCUCACGAAGCAUCUGACCACGGCUCCGAUGACGAAAACGUGUUUUCGCUUUCGGCGCAAAAAUUGGACAACAAUACCGUCAAAACUACCAAAAAUCACAUUCGCAAACCAAGAAAAAAUCAUAGUCCAGCCACCAUAGAACCCAGUUUGCUCAAAAAUGACGAGCCAGAGGGUGAGCAGAUGUCGUUUGAAGACCCCCAGGUUCGCCGCCGUCGUCUUUUGGAGGAAAAAAUGGACUUAGCCAUGAAGUCCAAAUCGACAAGAAGAAAACGAGCUGACGAAGAUGAUUUGGAACGUAUGCAAGAUGACCGUAUUGACGAGCUCAAGGACCAGAUGAUCAAGGCGGCCAACAUGGACGUGGAAAAAAACUCGCAGGGCCAAAUUGCCACCGAAAAACUCAAGCUUCUUCCCGAAGUGUCCAGCGUAUUGCUGAAAGCGGAUUUGGCAAUUUCCAUUUUGGACAACAAUUUGCUUGAGGCAGUAAGAUUGUGGCUUGAGCCUUUGCCUGACGCCUCCAUGCCUGCGUAUCAGAUUCAAAAGGAACUCAUACAUGCGUUGACGACACUUCCUAUAAAAACAGACCACCUAGUUGCCUCGGGUAUAGGCAAGGUGCUCGUAUUUUACCAGAGAUCCAAACGUACCGAGCCACUAUUGAAGCAGCUCGUUGACCGUUUAAUUGGAGACUGGACAAGACCAAUUCUCAACAAAUCUGACUCUUAUAAGGACAGAACUAUUCAGUUCCACGAAUACAACAGCACCAAAUUUGCCAACAAAUUGCCAUCUUCGAGAGUACGUGCCAAGGAACCCAAGACUUUGUACGAGCAAAGUGCAGAAAGGAGAAAGAGAGCGGCUAUUCCUUCGGCUAGAACAUCGGCAUACAAGAUUGCACCUCGGGUUGACCCUAACUCGAUAAGGCGUCAAAAGGGAGGAACUGACGAGCGGUUCAGAAGAAUCAACCAAAAAUUGACGCUGAUGAACUUGAAGAGAAAGAGCAGUAAAAAGGGAGGGCCAUCCAUUGAGGGUAAGAAUUUGGCAAUGUAA